AUGGCUUUUCCUAGUUGGUCAGCAGCAGUUAAGAAGAUCUUGUUAGUACAACCCAGUUCUGCUUCAGCUGAGCGAGUGUUCAGUUUGCUUCACAAUGCAUUUAACAGACAGCCAGAUGCAGCGUUGGAAGAAACUGUCAAGAUCUCAGUCAUGCUAAGAUACAACAAGCUAGCAAGAUGGCUGAAACAUACACA